AUGAACACCAGGCAAAGUUGUCUUGAUUUGAAAAAACCUUAUUUAUGUUCAUCUAUUGUGUCUCUCUCUAGCCUUAGAGGAUAUACACUAUCUGAUUCAAAGAGAUCGCUAGAAGUUUGCUACAGUAAAGAGAUGACUGAGGAGUUGAAAAAAGCUCGCAAACAAUUUGAUGGUGUAAAGCAAAUUUAA